UUACCGCUUUAACAAAGGGUUUUAGGUUGCUUGUGUUCAUUGCCAUGUCCUCUCUCCAUCCUUGUCAGCUGAGCUGCUAAGUUUCUCAGUUUCAGAGGCCACAAAAAAAUGAACUGACAAAACUCACUCUCAAUCUGCACGGAAGGGCACAAGAACCUAAAACCCUAGAACCACAGUAAUGUUCAUCAAACGUUUCUCUCCCAAAACCCUCCUCUCCGUUUCCUCUCUACCAUCUAAACAUCCACUUUCAAUCUUCGUUCUUCGUUUCUCUUCCUUCUCGAACGUUCCUUCCAAUUCAUUCCAUUUCUCGUCGAGACGCCAGGAAGAGGACUCGAGAAACGUGAAGGUGUCUGUGUGGUGGGAUUUCGAGAACUGCAAUCUGCCUGCUGGUGUCAAUGUCUUCAAAGUUGCUCACUGCAUUACCGCUGCCAUCAGGGCCAGCGGAAUCAAAGGUCCCAUUACCAUCACCGCCUUUGGGGACAUUCUGCAACUUUCUAGAGCCAACCAAGAGGCGCUUUCUUCCACUGGAAUCAACCUUACUCAUGUCCCUAGUGGUGGAAAGAACAGCGCAGACAGGUCUCUACUAGUAGAUCUUAUGUAUUGGGUUUCUCAACAUCCUCCACCAGCACAUCUUUUUUUGAUCUCUGGGGAUAGAGACUUUGCCAACAUAUUACACCGUUUAAGGAUGAAUAAUUAUAAUAUUUUGCUUGCUAGUCCAGAAUCUGCUUCUGAUGUCCUUUGCAGUGCUGCGAGUAUUAUGUGGCAUUGGCACACUUUACUUAGAGGUGAGGUUCUAACUGGAAAGCAUUUUAACCAACCUCCAGAUGGUCCUCAUGGUUCUUGGUAUGGCCAUUAUAAGGUGCCUCUUGAAGAUCCCUUCUUAGUUAUGAAGCAGGCGGCAUGUUCACGAGGUGAGGAGUUGUAUGACCCUGGCUCAGAUUCUAAACCACGUCCGGUUCCAAAGGUAGUUGUCAAGCAGAUUCGUCAAAUUUUAAGCUUAUAUCCUAAGGGAAUUUCUAUUACAGAACUUCGUGCAGAGUUGAGUAAAAGUAAUUUUAACAUAGAUGGAGAUUAUUAUGGAUAUAAAAAGUUCUCUCGCUUUCUUCUUUCAAUGCCACACAUUUUAAGGCUUCAGUCGGUAGUUGAUGGUCAGUAUGUUGUACAUGGAAUCAGCGCAAAAGCCCCUGAGCCAUUUGAAUCCAGUUCUUGCAUAUCUACCAAACCUGUUUACAGAAAUGGAGAUCAGGAUAUCAGUUUGUGUCUGGGGUUAAGUACUGAGGAUGCAUCUCUUAAUCAAGGCAUGGAAAGCAAGCUGAUGGCUUUUCAAACCCCAAAACCAAGAGGGGAAGAGCCUUCUCCAAAAAUGCAGCAUAGUAAUCCAGCGAAUAAUAGUAAUAAUGUUAGACUGGAUAUGGAAAAGCAUCCAGAAAAAAUGGAAGAGCCACUUCUAGCUGAUGGGAAGAAUGUUGAGGUGGAAACUGUGGUGUUUAGCAAGGUCGAAGAAGAUUAUCCACAUGAGAUGGGAUUUGUUAAAAGAAUCUGGGGACGAUGGUUUGGCAGCAAUCAAGGCAGUUCUGAGACGAGUAGAGAUGAAAAAGGCUCUAAGUUAGAUUGCUCUGAGAGGAAAAGCUUAAAAAAUAAGGAAAAAUGUAGCAAUUCUAGCAAAAGCAAGGAACAGGAAAUAGUUGGGGCACAAUCUGUAAAAUCACCUUCUUCAAAUGCUGAUCCAGCAUGUUCGGUGUUGUCUUCUUCAGGCUUUAGUGAAUUAGCUGAGGACAGCAAAACAAGUGUUGAAGCAUCUAAUUAUAAAUCUGGCUCAAAUCUAGGUUUCUUUAACUGGAUUCCAAGCUGGUGGAAAUUCUGGAGGAGAAGCACAGACACUGCUAAUGGAAGUGACCAAUCCUGUCAAAUUCUUGAUCAUGUAACUAGCCAUUCUAAAAAGCACGUGGUUUUUACUGAUGACUAUUUCUGGAGUGACAUGAAAGCCUUCCUCAAUUCGGCUAGAGGAUCAGCUACCAUUUCACAAUCAAAAACCAGGGAACAGAUGGCAAAAUGUCUGCAGAGAGAAGGACCUAUCGCUCUUCAAUCUCUUAGUGAUUCUGAUAUCUUUCAGUUGGUGGAUAUGUUAGUGUCGGAGAAGAAAUGGAUCAAAGUAUGUCCCUCUCAAAUGCCACUUUUCCAAGUUGCUUGUCCAGCUGAGAAAAAUCCUGAUGUGGGUCAUUCUCAUGCUGCAAAUGGACUUAGAUCCAUCUUUUUAGAGCCACAGUUACAGUCCAAUUUGCAGGAAGAACAUGAUAGAGAAAAAAAAUUACAGAAUACUUACAGUGAAGUUUCUGAAUCUGGUAUUUAUAAGAGUCUUUCAAACAAGUCUAGAAGUGAGAUACUUGCUGACUGUCAAAAGCUUGUGAAAGAGGUAACAAAGGAAUACCCAGAAGGAUAUUCAAUGGGCUCCUUUAAGAAGCUAUUUCUGGAGAGGUAUGGCUAUCCUCUUGACAUUCAAAAGCUUGGUUACAAAAAGUUGACAACCCUUUUACAGAUGAUGCCUGGGAUUAGAAUAGCAUCCUAUUGUAUUUUUCCUUCUAGAGUAGCCUCAAAAGCUUCCUGCACAGAAAUUGCCUUUCAUAAUAUUGAAGAAAAGAGUGAUAGUCAUCUAGUAUCAAAUUCAGAUAGGGAAUCAUCUGGUACAUCAAGGAGAGAGGAUGAUUUGGACUCGCCAUUUGAAGAACUGGGACCUGUUUCAAAUAGUACACCUAGAUCAGUAUUGGACAGAAGAAUAGAAGGAAGAAAUAAAGAAUCUCUUCCUGAUUACGAACCAUCCCUAUCAGAUGAUAACCUUUCAGAUUCAGAAGAAGAAACUUCUCCUGUAAAGCAGAAUGGAUUUCAGAGAAAAGCAGGAGUAAAUGAGGAAGAUAGCUCAUUGCUGCAAAUCUUAGAUUCAUGGCGCAGUAGCAAGGAAGAUAAAAAGUCGGAGGAUGUUGAUGGUGUAGUUGAUUCUUCAUCAGAUGGUUUGAAGCUGUCUGGCUUGUCUCGAGCAGGUAGCAACGAGAAUUGUUUGAGUCAAGGACGGAAGAGGAGAAUGCAAAAGAGUUACUCUUUUGUUUCAGAUUCUGUUUCAAAUAACAAGGACAAAUUGAUUGAUGGAAUAUUAGGUAGUUUGAGGAAAUCAAGUGAGUCAAAGAUGCAGGGUUGAUGGUCUUUAGAAUCAGAAAAAGGGCAAUCAGACAGUGAUUUUCAUAUGGUGUAUGAAAGGUAAGAUUAUGCUUGUUGGGAUACGGUGAAGCACACAGUGAUUAUGCAAGCCACAUUUCAUGAAUAUUGCUUAUACAUUUUUAUUUUCCCCCCAUCAAAAUUGGGUUCAAGGUUAUUUGAUUAUAUGGAAACCGAGCCUUAGAACUUAGUUUGAGGCUAAAGAUAACAAUGAUGUGUUCUUUAGAUUUUAGUUCAAAUGAUUGAUAUGUGUUUUAGGCUAAAUGCAAUAAUUAAGUAUUCAAAUAUUCGAAGUUUUGUUCAA